AUGGCUUCUGGUCUCCCCAUCGCCACAGUAUACGUGCGAAACCUUGAGGAGCGCGCCAAAGUCGACCAGCUGAAGGAUGCGCUGCUCCAAAUCUUCUCCGAGUAUGGCAACGUCAUCGACAUUGUCGCCAAGACGAACUUGAAAGCGAAGGGACAGGCCUUUGUCGUCUUUGACGACCCCGAGGCUGCACGCAAAGCCAUCGAGGAGGUACAGGGCUUCGAGCUGUUUGAGAAGCCCAUGCAGCUCGCCCUCGCCCGCACGAGAAGCGAUGCGACCGUCAAGACGGUUGGCAAUGAUGAAGAGUUUGAGCUUCACAAGCGCCGUCGUCUAGCCGAAAAAGACAAGAAGAAGGCAUACGAGGCCGCCGAGGAACAGAAGCGUCUCAAGAGACCCGGUCCAGGCGGCGCCGCUGCAACGGACAACCGCCCUGCCAAGGCCGCUCGCGGUGCUGGCCUCAAGUCUACAAACCCCUCUACUACAGCUGUCAUCCCCGACGAGUACCUCCCCCCGAACAAAAUUCUCUUCGUGCAGAACUUGCCCGAAGAUUACGAUAUCGAUGCCGUCACAAGCAUAUUCGGCCGUUUCGAAGGUUUCCGCGAGGUUAGAUUGGUGCCAGGUCGCCGCGGCAUUGCAUUUGUCGAGUACGAGGGCGAACAAGGGGCCAUCACAGCAAAGGAGAACACCGCGGGCAUGGUCCUUGGAGACACCCAUACUAUCAAGGUCACAUACCAGCGGCAAUAG